AUGUACUGUUUGCACAACAACAAGAAUGACCCUAAAGGCCGACGAGAGGACUUACUUCAGAUCGUACCGCAUGCGUAUGGACUUCAUGAGAAGUGUAAAUCAUGGUGUGGAUUUAAACAGAGCCCGCAGACUUAUAGACAUAAAGAUCUUCCAGGAGGUAAAGACCUUACAGAUGAAAAUUUAAAGGCAGCAAUCAAUGAUUGUUUGGUGCCUUUCACCGCAUUAGAAGUUACCACCAAACUAUCACAUCUUGGGAGUUCCCAACCAAAUGAAGCGUUCAACUGUGUUGUGGGAAGCAAAGCUCCAAAAAUACGGCAUUAUGGAAGCUCCGAAAGUCAAGAUUUCAGGGUUGCUGCUUCAGUUUGCCAGUUUAAUGACGGAUUGCAUUAUCUGAACGAUGUAGGAAGUGAGUGUGACUUGAAAGAAAAUUCAGCAUUGAAUGCUUACAUGAAUGUCACUGAUCAUGAGAGGAACGCAAGUACCACUUACAAAAACGCUGUUGGAUAUCAAGGCCCUAGUUCAGAUGUAAUAUCUGCAAAAGUUAAUAAAGAAUUGAGAAAUUCCAUCUCUGAUUCAGAGUACAAGGGAAUUAUUGAUAUGGGCGGUGUUCAAGAAGAUGCAAGCGAUUCACAAUCUUCCAUACCAGAUUCAAACACUGAAAGUAACACUACAAAACAAUUUGCUUACCUUGUGCUAGAUCUUGAGACAACAGGAUUUGAACAAACGAGUGAAAUUCUUCAGCUGUGCUGCAUGCCAAUCAGCAACAGUGAUGGGUUGCUGUGCAAGUAUAUGCUUCCCGCCAUUCCAAUCAAACUAUCAGCAUCGAAAGUUACAGGUCUGACAUGUGGAUAUCACAAUGGCCUUCAUACAUUUCUGUUUGGAACAGAAUUCGAUGCCAAGGAAGAUGUCAAGGCGUUGGCUGAGAUCAUGUUCAACUCAGAUGUUCAAGUUGAUCCAAAUGAAUUUACAAAGAUUUCGAAGACCAUGGAGUCAGUUGUAGAAGAGGUGCUCCGUCAAUCGCGCACUAAAGUCCUCAUAGAAGAAUUUAAAGGAAUUGAUGUUUCAAGACAAGUGAAAGGGAACCUUGUUCAGGCAGGAAUAAAAUGA